AUGGGGGACUACCUUCCGGAACCCAUCACAGAGAAAAUCCUCCUGAAUUUUCCCAUCAAGUGUUUGAUGACAUGCGCCGCAGUUUGCAAGUCGUGGAUGUCUCUGGUCAAGUCCUCCACCUUCAUUCAGACCCACACCCACCUCCACUGUAACAACAACUCCCGCGUCCUUCUCUUAAACGCAUUCUCCGGAACCGACUCUUCCGGAACCAAGAUUGAGAUCGAGAACAUUAGCAAAUCUCACUCUCUGCUCUGGAAGGACCCUGGUUUUGGUGAGUGCAAGCUUAUAAACCCUAUUUUACAUUCAACGGUGGGAAUAAUGUACAUAAAGGGAGAAAUAUUUUCACCUCAGAGUCUGGCAAUAAUUGGAACUUGUAACGGUCUCAUCAGGGCCGGUCCGUUGAACUUAGAGGGAAGUGUUUGCAAGAUAACGAGGCCUGAAGCUUUGAGGAAACAAAGGUGCUUGGUUUUAAAACAUGGGGACUAUCUUGCAUUGGCUACAGGGGAAUACUGGUGGGAGGACUUCAACAUUUGGGUGAUGAAAGAGAGUGAACAACUCGUGUUUCGGAGAUCAAGUGGAAAUCUGCGUUCCGUGGAUUGUCGGACUGGCCAAAUAAGAGAUUUUGGAAUUCGUGGAGAUUAUAAUUACUACUUCUUGGAUUCUUUUCUCGAGAGCAUUCUGUUACUUGAUCACGCCAAUGCUAUUUCGUACUGA